AUGGAUAUUGAGCCCUCCAAAACGAUGCGAUUUAUAAACCCACCGGCCUGCUGUGAGUACAGUCUCCCGCCAAUUUUAUCCUGUGAACAAUCGCAAUUCCUGGUCGUUGAUGGUCGCUUUUUUCAGAGUUACAAAUAUUUCUCCUCUAUGGAGUCCACGAUAAGGGAAUGGCUGACACCUGAUGACGAGGUCAGACAAUAUUUGGGGACUAUGAUAAGACAGGAGGAUAUGGAAAGGCAUAAAAUUUGCGUGCAUAUCAGACGAGGUGACUUUGUGACGGAUGGACAGCAUGCAGGGACGGAAAGCGACUUCACAAGGAAUGCUAUUGAUUUUUUGUAUAAACUGACCUCCGGUCCUAUCUUCAUCUUCAGCAAUGAACAAAAAUGGGUUCGGAAGGAAAUUGUGAGCCAAUCCAAGUACCAAAACGAAAUUCGAAUAAUGCCAACACCACAAGACCAACCAUUCAAAGACCUUCACUUUUCUCAGGUCUAUUGUGACACCGUGUUAAUUACAGCACCAAGUUCAACAUUCGGUUGGUGGAUAGGCUAUCUUUCAAAAAAUCAGAAAAACGUCUACUACCGUGAUAUUAGAGACGUGGAGGAUAGUGUAAAGUACCAAAUGAUCGAUGACGAUUUUUAUCCGAGGAGUUGGAGGAAGAUGGGGAUGGUCGAAAAUAAUGGGACCAUAUUUUUGAAGAAUUAA